AAAAGAAAAACACUGAAAUCUGAAGAAUGCAUUAUGAUUUUAUGCAAAUAAUUGAAUGUUGCCUUGAAAUGAAGCAAUCUCCGGUUUUCCGGGGGACUCCCAUUUAUGACCUUACGCUGCUGAGUUGCAAACACUCAUCAGCAUCCAGACGCGUGUACUCACCAAUCUAAUUUAACUCCAUCUACAUUUUUUUAUGUUUCUCUCUUUUCUCUUUUACAGUUACUGCAACUUUGCUUCUCUCGCAUAAAGCUGGUAAAAUUCCUGCUUUUGGUGCGCCAAUUGAUUCAAUUUUUGGAGGGCUUUUUGAAAGCGCCAAGUUUUAGAACCAACCCAUUUUUUUGGAUUCGAGUUUGAAUGAUGAAAUGUGGCGUUGGUGGGCCAAGCCAUCGUGACAGGCUCGUAUUCUUCUUGUUGCAGAUUUGGGGAUAACCAUCCAUUUUGACUGCAUUUUCCAAGAGCUUCAAGGCCUAUCCUAGUCUUUGGGAACUUCUGGGGCCAUGGCAAACCAAAAUCUCUCGGACAUUUGUUGUUAUUACUGUUCUGAAAUGGAUGACAUUUUUUCUCGUCUCAUAAGCUUAACUUCUUGUAUAACACGUCGAGCAAUUGAAUUUAUUGAGGAUAUUGUGUUGAGGGAUGUAGUUCGAUUGUUAAGAGAUUCAGAAAUCAAUUCUUUUUGCAAACAACCAACAUCUGGAACGUGCACUGGUAAACAAAAUUUGGCUCUUGAAUAUGCAUCUUCUUCAAGAGAUUGUAACUCCAGUACAAGCUUAGGCUUUCUUGACAGAGAUGCCAUAUAUCUGGAGGAUAUAUCAUUCAUCAGUUCAGGAUCAGAAAUUGUUAAUAGAAAUUACUCUAGGGGUGUCCACUUCGUUUUUAAAGGGUUGACGCUCCCUAUCUUUUUUUUUGAAUUUGCUUGGAGGUCAGCAAUAGCAACAUGGAGAUGUAUAGGUUAUCAUAAGGGAUGUAUUCAUGCUCGUAUGCAGAGUAUUGUAUCACGAGUUCUGAGGACUUUGCAUGGGUCUUCUGAUGACAUUGGGUGGUUACAAGCUGCUCCUGAAAUGGCUCCAGUUGAGGAUGGAUCAGCUAGAUUCCUAGAGCUGUUACAAGAAACUAGGAAUGGGGUGCACAAACUACCUGAUUCUUUCGUCUACCUGCUGAUUCCAGGACUUUUCAGCAAUCAUGGUCCCUUGUAUUUUGUCAGCACCAAGAGGUUUUUCUCAAAGAUGGGUCUUGCUUGCCAUAUUGCUAAAAUUCACAGUGAGGCAUCAGUGGAGCACAAUGCUUGGGAACUGAAACAAUACAUAGAGGAGUUAUACUGGGGGUCUGGCAAACGUGUGAUGUUGCUCGGUCACAGCAAGGGUGGAGUUGAUGCUGCAGCUGCUUUGUCUAUUUAUUCACAAGAAUUGAGAGACAAAGUUGCAGGAUUGGCACUUGUCCAAAGUCCGUAUGGUGGAACACCCAUAGCUUCUGAUAUUCUUCGUGAAGGCCAGGUCGCUGACAAGGAAACCCGGAGGAUCAUGGAGUUUCUGAUUUGCAAACUGAUUAAGGGUGAUAUAAGAGCACUUGAGGAUCUCACCUAUGAGAAACGAAAGGAAUUUAUCCGUAAACACAAACUUCCCGAUAAUAUUCCUCUCAUCUCCUUCCACUCUGAAGCAAGUGUGGCACCCGGUGUGAUUGCAACCAUGUCGCACAUUGCACAGGCAGAACUUCCCUGGCUACCUCGAAUUUUAAAUGAGGAUGCAGAUGACGCCAUCUUUGCAGCACGGAAGGUGCCCGUCAUAGUCCCAGUUUCUGCUGCCAUGGCUCUCACGGCACUACACCUGCAACUAAGAUAUGGAGAGAAGAGUGAUGGCCUCGUGACAUGUCGUGAUGCUGAAGUCCCAGGAUCUGUUGUGGUGAAGCCCGAUAAGAAACUCGACCAUUCCUGGAUGGUGUACUCUUCUUGGAAGAAAGAGCCCACUGAGCCCGAUGCUUGUGAAAUGUGCGAGGCUUUAUUGACUAUGCUCGUGGAGCUCGGAAAGAAAGCUUCAAAGUGAAGGUGUAUUCUUCCUUUCUUUCAGCCUUGUGUUGUUUUCUUGUUAACUGACUGCUAGAAGUUGCACUUGCACAUGAGUGUCAUUCUUAUCAAAACUUCAUAUUAGCUAACAGCUUUUGCAUUGUAUUGUUGACUUGAUGUAAUAUUUAGAGUUGCAGUUUCCACUCUGAUGGAUAAUCACUUAUUUCCGGCCGUUGCUCUGAUGUCAAUUUGACUUCACAACCAA